AUGGAAGAGGUAAGAAGUAAUCCUUCAUCAAAACAUAAUUCAACAUCGAUCGAUGGCAAGCAAAUCAUUUGGACGUCGGCGAGUCGAUUUAGUACACAUAUGAAAAGUGAACCAUUGAAGAGAAGAGAACAAUUAAAACAACCACCUCGCUUGAGACAAAAUCAACAUAUGAAUGAUUGUUUAUCUGAUCAAUCCACUGGCCCAUGUAAUAUUGAUAUGAAUGACAGUAAAAAUGAUGUGUUAUCUUUGAAAUCAUCGAUGGGAUAUAAUUCAAUCGAACGACGUGAGAAAAAGCAAGUUGGCAUUGUCAAGCCACUAUUAACUGUAGAAAAAGAAAAUAACCUAUGGAAUUGCUCGGAACUCGAACGACUUCAACGACGUUUCUCGGAAUUAAUCGACGGGAAAGUAUCGGACGAGAAAGCAUUGCCAAUAAAUAAGAGUGCGGUUAUCGAACGUCUUGAAUCUCUCUACUCAUCGAUUGGCUCACACGUUUAUGUUGCUCCGUGUUUAGUUCGUUUAUUCGUUUUAACUGACUUUCAAGUUUGUUCACUAGAACAAUGGAGAUUGAUUCAUCGCGGUUAUCCACUUUGGUUAUACAAUACUGGGUUGAAUCCUCGUCGAUCAGCUGAACUACGUUUAAUAAUUGUCGAUGAAAAAACCGGGUUUAUUCUCUGGUCUGAUCGUAUUACAUCAAUAUCGAAUAUGAUUCAGCCAACAAAUUUGACACUUUCAUUUCGUCAUUCACUGAAUAAUUCGUCGAUUAUGUUGCGAUUCGAACCGACAGAUGAAAAAGCUUUCACAAGAUUUUAUUCAUAUUUGAAACAAAAUCAAUUUUAUACUGAUAAAAUACUAAAAACGCACGUUUCCAAACGUCUAAUACGAAAAAGUGAUAUUUCGCCACCUUGCCAUUUCAAACAUUUGAAUCACAUCGAUGAAAAUAUCAUAGAUGUUCGUCAUUAA